AUUUGCUGUCAAAUACCUUCUCUAUAUAACACCCAUUACCUCUCCCUUCAAGCCCCCCCUUCCUCUUCUCUCUUUUUCAACAUUAUUCUCUUCUAAUAAACUAGCUAGCUAGAGAUCUUUGAUCUUCAUCCAUCUUGAGUUACUUUAUUGUGAUUUUGUCUGAAAUUUCCUUGUUUUGUUUUGCUAGUACUUAUUAGCUAAAUUAUACUUAUAUUUUGUGGUGAGUAAUAUUAGUUGAUAUAUAAUUAAAUCAAGUAUGAAGGAGAGUGGUAGAAAGCAAGGUACACUAUCGCCAUGCGCGGCAUGCAAACUUCUGCGGCGGAGAUGUGCUCAAGACUGUGUUUUUGCUCCUUAUUUCCCGGCCGAUGAACCUCAGAAGUUUGCCAGUGUUCACAAGGUGUUCGGUGCAAGCAAUGUUAACAAGAUGUUACAGGAACUUCCAGAGCACCAACGCAGCGAUGCAGUGAGUUCAAUGGUGUAUGAAGCCAAUGCAAGAGUAAGAGAUCCAGUUUACGGUUGCGUUGGAGCCAUUUCAUCUCUACAGCAACAGAUCGACUCGCUGCAAACUCAACUGGCGCUUGCUCAAGCUGAAGUUGUGCACAUGAGAAUGCGGCAAUUUUCUUCAGAAUCCGCAAACACUACUGCUUCUUCUCCGGCGGCCAAGUCCUUCUUCUCCAUGGACAUGCAUGUUGAUCAAGCAAAUAUUGGAGGGUCUUUAUGGUCAUGCUAACCUAGGAUCCCAUUACCUCUUUUUAGUGAUUAAUUAUUAACUAUAAUGGUGGCUUGCAUGUGCUUUUAUGGUC